AAAUUUUCUGCCCUUCUCUGUAUCCAAAGCUGGAUUAGAUAUGUUGGCAAAAGUAUUGGCCCUUGAAUUGGGACCAAAAGGCAUCCGCAUCAAUACCAUCAAGUGGGUAGUAUACAGGUUAGCAAUAAAGUGACCAGUAUGCAAGAGAAAAUCAAGGACGUGACACCAUUGGGCCGAUUGGGUGAGCCCCUGGACGUGGCCCGGGCCACAGUUUUUUUAGCCUCGAGUGACGCCCAGUUUAUAACCGGCGCUAAUCUCAUAGUCGACGGCGGAGUUAUACCUAAUUUUGGCAUUUUUAAUAUGAACUAAUGAUUUAC